AUGAUAAAAACCAUCGAUGAAGUUGGUGCCACGCAGAUCUGGCGUAACGACCGGUUCUGGUUAGCGGCAGAUCACAUCGUCGAUCCGAGAAUUGAGCAUCUUCCGAAAGUUAAGGCGUUGGUCGAGAGAUCCGAAAAAGCGCAGAGGGAUUUCAAGUUGACGGAUUAUAAGGGGAAGAAUUACACCAUCCUCCACACAGAAUUCGUGAGAGAAAGAGCCCAACCUGGAAUGCUCUUGGUUGGCUCCGAUUCACACACCUGCUCCUCCGGAGCCGUGGGCUGUCUUGGAAUCGGACUAGGAGCUGCAGAUGUAGCGAUGUCGUUGCUCAAUGGGGCUUCAUGGUUCAAGGUCCCAGAGUCGAUUAGGAUCAAUAUAGUAGGAGAGCCGGGAUUUGGUAUUGGAGGAAAGGACGUUAUUCUUCAUAUACUCGGGCAAUUGAAAAGGAAUACUGUUGCUGCUGAUAGGAUUGUGGAGUUCGGAGGGCCGGGUGCGAAGUAUCUUUCUUGUGAUGACCGGUUUGCUAUUUGCAAUAUGUGCACGGAAUUUGGCGCCAUAACAGGAGUCUUCAUACCAGACUCAGUCGUGCAAGACUACAUCAACCGCCGAAAACGAACCCUCUACAAGUCCUCACCACUAUACUUCCAACCCGACAACGACGCCCAAUACGCGGAAUCCUUUACCGUCGACCUCACACAAGUCCAACCCUACAUCGCCCUCUACCCCUCCCCUGACAACGUCAUCCCAGUCAAAGACUGCUCCCCGAUCAGUUUCGAUGGCGUCUUCAUCGGCGCAUGCACCACAACUGAGGAAGACCUGAUCCUAGGCGGACUAGUCCUACAAGUCGGACUACAGGAGAACUUACCUUUGAAAAAGGGUAAAAGACAUGUAGUAUUCGGGUCUCUGCCUAUUAUCAAACGGUUGCGGGAAUUGAGUAUUACGGGGAUUUACCAUGAUGCUGGUUUUCAGGAAUCUGCCCCCGGAUGCAGUUUUUGUGUUGGGAUGGGGGCUGAUCAGGCAGGUGUGGGGGAGACGUGGCUUUCGUCGCAGAAUCGAAAUUUUAAGAAUCGGAUGGGCAAGGGGUCGUUCGGCAACAUCAGUUCUGCAGCUGUUGUUGCAGCGUCGAGUUUCUCGAUGUCACUGGUUGAUCCAUCGCCGUUUCUCGAGAAAGUCAACAGAAGCAUAUAUAAAGCCCUAACGCGGAAGGAUACCAUGUCGAGACAGACUGACGCAGUUUUAUAUGUCGAGCCCAGCAUUUUGCAGCAGUCGCCCAGCCAGCAGUCCGUAAAAACAGAUCUUCCCAUGCACGAUACGAUACCUGGUAGCAAUGAAUGGAUGAUCACAAGCAGAGUCCAGGCUCUCGGGGACUUCAUCGACACCGAUGCACUCGCACCAGCCGAAUACCUCGUCGAAUGCGAAACAGACGAAGCUCUAGGCCAACACUGCAUGGAGCAUACGUUUCCUGAGUUCCGAAGUUCUGUCAAAGCAGGUCGUCAAGUCAUCGUUGCAGGUGAGAGCUUUGGCUGCGGGUCGUCUCGUGAAGAGGCACCUAGGGCUCUUAUUGGCCUCGGAGUCCAAUGCGUAAUCGCUAAGUCCUUCGCCUUCAUAUACGGUCGUAAUCAGCCUACCCUAGGGCUUCUAGGGAUUACGGUACAGGACGAGUCAUUCUAUGGCAGUGCAACGGAUAACACUGAAAUUACAAUUAAUGUCUACGGCCGGGAGAUUACAAUUGGAGAACGAAAGUGGAAGUUCGAGCUCGAUAAUCUAGAAAUCAAGAUGCUGCAGAAUAAGGGCCUGGCGGAGGCAUAUAAGAAGUUUGGGAAGAAUGUAUUUAAUAGUUUAUGUGGAGAUGGACAUACGGAAGGGUCGUCGGGGAUGGAAGCUGAGUCUAUUGAUUCUUCGCUGGAGUGGUGA